AUGGCAUUCGUCUUCAACCCCCUCUCCCUCUUUAGCCCCCGCCCCAUCCUGCGCCACCCAAAAUGUAGCCCCUGUCGUCGCCCACCCCUCAUUCUCGCCAACGCCGCUCCCGACACCUACCCCAUUGGCAACAAUUUCCCCCCGUCCGACCAAACCCAGGACUCGCCCUCCGACCGUUUCCCUCCCCCGUCCUCUUCCGCCUCCCUCACCAGCGCCUCCAUCACACGCUCGCAACAACUACCCAUUGACGAGCAACACCAACAAGACUCUAAUUAUUGUGUCGGCGACUUUCUCUACUCCGCUAGCCUCGAGGAGCACCGCCAGCAGCUCCAGGCGGGCGUCAUCGAGUCAGCCAUGGACGACCCCAACGACGACUGGGCAGACGCCUGGGCCUUGUCAGUUAGUCCACGCAAGGCCCACGAGCUCAGGAAUCAAUAUGCCCGCGUGGCUAUUCUCAUUGAGAGCAACUUUGCCGAUUUUCUACCGGCAGAUGGCUGCCAGGACGCUUUCAAGAAUGCAACGUUGGACGAGAUCGCUAUGGCAAAGGCUCGAGCUGUUUAUGAAGUCACUGGCCUACCGGCCAUUGCGGAGACCAGUGACUUGGCCAUCGACGCCCCAGAGUCUGGUAGUAGUAUAAACAAGAGCAUGCAACAAGGGUAUUACACGCGUGACGUCGAGGAGCAGGCCGACGCCAUGAUCGAUCGCGUGCGGCCCAUUUCUGAUGAGAAUCGGGUGACUCGCUUUAAGAGUUCCGUGGCGUACUACGACGGCGAGAUGGAGAUCAUGAAGAACGGGUCUGUCGACGUUGCCAUCGUGUUUAGCCGUCAGAAAUACGCGACUAUUGCCACCACCGCUGCAUUAGAUGAGCUGUACAAAGAACUCACGAGGCGGUUGGGGCUCACAUUUGACCACUUUGAAAGGGCCAACAACGCGGCUGAGGCCAUCAAUCAAUCGGAAAAGAAGAUUCUCGUCGGCGCGACGUUGUUGAAGGAACGUAUUCUACGGGAUGGUAAAAUGCUCAAGGAAGGAAUUCUGAAAGUGUCUUCCUUUCUAAACCACAUGGUGGACACAGAUCUCAUGGAGGUCUGUGGGGAGGAGCUUGCCGAGCGGUUGCGCCACACCAUGCCAAACAAGCUACUGACGGUCGAGUCGACGGGUCUUAUCGUCGGGCUUCCGACGGCUCGCAAACUCGGCAUUCCGCUCGUCUUCGCGCGAAAAAGCCGCCCGAUCACAAUCAGCGACUCGUAUCAGACCACGUAUCGAUCGGCGACGAAGGGCACAACCAACGAGCUUAUCGUGUCCUGCGAGUACUUGGAAAGUGGCGACCGGGUUCUUAUCAUUGAUGAUUUCUUGGCCGGCGGCUCCACUGCUGAGGCUCUCUUUAAGCUUGCGAAAAUGGCUCACUCGCAAGUAGUUGGUGUGGGUGUGCUCAUCGAGAAAAUGUCAGAUGGUGGUCGUACGUUCCUUUCAGGAUACGAUGUACCAGUGGAAUCCCUUGCCAAAAUUUUGCCCGGAGGAAGCGAUGGUAGGAUCAAUUUUGUUGAGGAAGAGCCAUGGACUAACCCUAAUCUUCCGAAGGAGGACCAAAAAGAAGAAUUUGACGAGGCUGAGGAUUCGUCCACAGAGUUCUACCCUGACGUUGUGGCCGAGGCCAAGGACACAGAAAUUUUGGAUGUAGAGCUGAAUGAGGCAGUCAAUGAAGUGAAGAUAGCACAAGAAGCUUUCGAUGGCGGGGAUGAAGACGAUGGGGUCCACAUGAUUCGUUGGGAAGAUGAAGAGGCGUUUGACGAUCUGGAAGAAGAUUUAAUCCGAGAUGUUCGCAAGACAUGAGCUCAAAACCAAAGGCAGACACUGAACAUUUGUUGUUCAGGCUAAGUGUUUUUGACAGGUUCAGCCACACAGUGGGUGGAGCACGGGGUUUCGUCUCAAGACACCACCAACCUGUUCACUACGACUCUACGGCUUCGCGGAGGUUGUGCCUUUGCUUUUUGCAGAAGUGCUGGUCUCAUAUCGUUGCAGUGCAAUCGGAGGCUAUUGCAUACAUUAUUCAUUUCUUGUUAUCGCUGAAGGUGGGGACGUUGUUUUCGCCUUCUGAGGUAUCAACCAAAUCGAUUUAAAACUGUUAUCCCCGAAGAUUGUCAUGUACCAAGACACUUACAUUGCAGCCUUUCUCAAGAAAGAUUGCAAGGAAAAGUGUCUUGAUGAGCUUCCCUCUGUGACUGGCGGAAUAUCUAACACCCUGCCGCGAAUAUGUUGUAUCCAGAUUCUGGAAGAGCUCUUGUACGCGGCUGCCAAACAUUGCAUCCUUUUGAGUUGGCAUUGCAGCGACUGAAUCCGCGUCUCUAUCACUAAUAAUCUUUUUCGCAAGCAAAUCAUGCCUCGCUCUAACUUUAAGGCUUAGUUGCUGGCAAUCACAUCUUGUCUUGAUCUUGUAAUGCAACUGAGACAUUGUGUCAACUACCGGAGAACCGUAUGGAAAUGCGCCAUCGGGAAUAGGAGAAGCUGGUUUUGAGUCCCUGUUUCCUGCUUUUAAUCCAGGAACACCAUAUGUAUUGUUAUUGGUUGUUUCUAUAAAUACUGCAAUAUGAAUGGAGGAAAUGAAA